UGCAGGCUUCACACACACCCGGGCAUCGAGCAGGCUGGUGCUCAGGGGAGCCAGCCGGAGUUGCCUGCCUUAGCUUAGCCACCCUAACCCGGCCAGAGAGUCCUCCGCUGCAGCAUGCAACCAGGGGCCUCAUAACCCACACACACACACUUGCAGCAAGUCCCCUCUCCUCUCCUCUCCUCUCCUCCGACUCGGCAAGAGGUCCGGCCGAGCUGAACUCCGCGGAGCCAUGCGACAGUGGUGCGUCCCCGCUGCGACCCCUCGAACCGAACCACUCCCGGGGCGCCUGUCUGUGUCGCCCCCUCCGCCAGAUGCCAGGAUGGAGUGCUGCGAGGUGGAGCCGCGCUACACCAUCGAGCAGAUCGACCUCCUGCAGCGCCUGCGUCUCUCCGGCAUGACCAAACCUCAGAUCAUCCACGCCUUGGAGUCCCUGGAGAGGCUGGACCCGGACCACCGCCCUCCCCACUGUGACUCUCAACCCGCCCCGUCCAACGCCACCCCCAGCGCGGCCGCUCCUGCCCCGUCCUCCUCUUCGUCCUCCUCCUCCUCGCUCUCCCUAGCCUCUGCCACCACGCAGACCUCCGGCCUGGACGGCGCCGCGCUCUCCCCCAGCAACAGCUACGAGGCCUCCCCUCCGCCCCUCUACCCUCCCAGUGUGGCGGUUCAGCGGACGUUCAGCUACGACAUGAUGGGAGACGAGGAGUGGGACCUGGAGGAGAAGGUGGAGGAGUACAUGAGGAGAGACAGCAACCUGGUGAAGGAGGAGAUCAAAACGUUCCUCAACAACCGCAGGAUCUCUCAGGCAAUCGUAGGCCAAGUAACAGGCAUCAGCCAGAGCUACAUCUCGCAGUGGUUGCUGCAGCAGGGCCUGGAGAUGAGCGACUCCAAACGCCGCGCCUUCUACCGCUGGUACCUGCUGGAGAGGAAUAACCCAGGGCUGAGGUGGAGUGAAAGCCAGCACAGCGUGAGUCCCGUGCCCAGGGCCAGGGGCGGGGACAGAGACGGGACGGUGGCGGGGGCGAGCGGCUGCCUCCCCAACCCCAACACCAACCUCAACCCCAACCCCGUGUGGAGCAGGCAGAGAGAGCUGCUGAUGCACUUGCUGCCGUGGUACACUGCCGCCGCCGCCGCCGCCCAGGCCCAGCCAGGGGCCACCUUGUCGAUGCGGUCUCUGGUGAAGGAGGAGCCUGAUUGGAGGACGGGGAUCAUGGCCGGCGACAGAGCAGCGCUGGUGGGCGGUCCCCUGAGGCUGCGCAGAGGAAGCAGGUUCACCUGGAGGAAGGAGUGCCAAUCAAUCAUGGAGAGUUUCUUCAUGGAGAACCAGUACCCGGACGAGGCCAAGCGAGAGGAGAUUGCCAACGCCUGUAACUCCGUCAUUCAGAAACCUGGCUGUAAGCUGUCUGAGUUUGAGCGUGUGACGGCGCUGAAGGUCUACAACUGGUUUGCCAACCGUCGGAAGGAGAUGAAGAGAAGAGCGAAUAUCGAAGCUGCCAUUUUGGAAAGCCAUGGAAUCGAGGUGCCAAGUCCAAGCUGCCACUCAAACGGUGAGGAGGGAGAGAUGCACGAGUUCGCCGACCAGGUGAAUCAUCGAUUCUCAGAGCAGGAAGAGACCUCUUCCCACAGGAUUGUUGACCAACAAGACCCGUCCUCGUUGGCGUCCACGGAGGCCGCGGCCCUGCCGAGCCCCCCUCAGGUCCUGGAUCGCAAGGAGGAGGAUUCAAAAAGGGAGACUGUGGAUGAAGAGUGACCAAAGCUGGUGGAGUUUGGAUCAUGUUUGAAUUUUAACGAGAUGAAAUAGGGAAAAAAAAAAAAGUGUCUCCUCCUCCUCCACCUCCUCCUCCACCCAUGUAGAGCCUUUUUGGGGCAAAUCGUACCCAGAAAUUCAAAAGGGAGAAGGGUGCUGAAGCUCGCUGAGGUGCCUCUGAUAGUAAGGAGGCCACUGUAUUUAUCAACAGUAAUCCUGCUUAUAUUAACGGCAAUAUACAGUAUAUAUAUAUAUAUAUAUCAAUAUAUAGUGCAUUCCAAGAUGGUAUUAAGAAGCCUAAAUUCCUUAGAGGGAGGAUUAUGUAACGGAUACCUCGCCCGUUUUAAGCUAAGCCUUUUCUUUGUUUCUUCUCUACAUGCCUUCUGUUUGCCUUUUUUUAGAGAGCGUUUGUUUGAUGGACUGUGGUGACGUGAGCGUGCUGAGCCUGCAGGUCAGGUGUGUUUGGGUGUGGGAGUGGGUGUGGGGGGGGGUGUGAACUGGUGGUGUUUCGAGGAUGUAGA